AUGAUAUAUUCCGAUAAUGGAACCACCUUUGUCGGCGCCGAUCGCGAAUUAGCUUCAGUGUUUCGAGCUACAAAAAAGGAUUCAAAUUUUCUCAACCAAGCGGCUUCUCAAAAAAUCACGUGGCAUUUUAUCCCGCAAUCCGCACCUCAUUUCGGCGGUCUGUGGGAAGUCGGCGUACGAAGUGUGAAAUAUCAUGUCCGUCGUGUCGUCGGCGCUCAUACCCUGACGUUUGAGGAAUUCUCAACGCUUCUAUGCAACAUAGAAGCCUGUCUAAACUCGCGACCCUUAGCCUCGCUCACAGAUUCGAUCGACGACUAUAAUCCACUAACUCCGGGAUACUUUCUGAUAGGCACUCCUCUGAAUGCCAACCCCGAACCCUCAUUAUUAAACAUUAACGAAAACCGUUUGUCGCGAUGGCAAUUGGUGCGUCAAAUGACAGAAAGAUUUUGGAAGUUCUGGCAGAGCGAUUAUCUAAACACGUUACAACAACGGGUCAAAUGGCGAAAAGAACCCAAAAUUUAA